GCAGAGAGAGAGAGAGAAAAGCGGGGAGAUCUAUCAGAAGCAAAAAAUUCGGCUAAACCCACCCCCCUCCCCUUUCCUCUUUCAUCUUCUUCUUCUCUCCGAUCGGAUCGGACUCUGUCUGUAAUAUCAAAUUAGGGUUUUUAUUUUCAUAUUUUUUUUUCAAGAUUCGGCUGCUGAUUCUUCAAAAAGAAAAUCGUCUGACCGUUGGAUCUUUAUUUUGAAUAUCCGUCGCCAUUUUCGCAAUUUUUCUUUGAUCCGGUGAAUCGCUUCGAUUGGAAUUCUUUGGGGUUUUUUAUUUCUUCCAUUUGGGUUUAUCUUUUUUAUUUUUUAUUUUUAUUUUUUUAUGGUAAUUUGUUGCGCUGGGCGUUUCUAUCUCCGCACGGCUUUCGAAUUGGAAUUGUGGCGGAGGUGGCUGAGGAUUUGGUGGUGAAUUUUGUUUUAAAUUUGGGAUCGUAAUGGCUUCAGCUCAGGUGUUGCCUAGCUCGGCGGCUUCGUCGCGAAAGCAAGAGCAUUUGCAGGCUGGAAAACGCCGGCUAGAGGAGUUCCGUAAGAAAAAAGCGGCAGAACGUGCCAAGAAGUCUUCGUCAGCUGGCCAAAAUUCUGAACCUGAAAUUAAUUUAAAUGAGAAAAACCCUUUAGAAACUGAAAAUUUGCGAGUGAGAGAUUCCGAUGGAGCUGGUACAUCCAAUGGACCUGGCGAUUCUGUUAUCAAGCAUUCUUCUGCAGCGAUAAACAAUGACACCAAUGCAAUUGAUUUUUCCAGUAAAACUGAACAAGCUUUUUUGAAUAAUGCAAACUCUAGUCUUCCUUUUGUAAAGAAUGAGUAUAAUUCACUUCCUUCGGAUCGAAUACAGAGACAUGCUAGUGAUCAAGAUAUUAGGAGUUAUAGUGAUGUAGGGUUUACUGGAUCUAUAAAUGUUAAUCAAAGCUAUGCGAAGGAAGGGAUGAGUAAUAACUAUGAAGAGUAUGGUGGAGCCUUGGGUAGAUAUACCUAUGGGACUACAACUGACCAGUCUACUUCUUUAAGCUCACAAGGAAGUCAAAAUUUUGAUAGCAAUAUUAUCCAGUCUAGUUUUCGCAGAAUGGAUGAAUCACAGUCCAAGGAACAUAAAAGUUCAUUUGAUUCCACAAUCUCAAAAGCUGGUUCUUCGCAUCAUUCUGUCACAAAAAUCUCACCUCAGAAUUCCAUUAGCGCUUGGCUGCAAAAUGAAUCUAAUGCCAGUGCAAUGGCCAGUGGCACUGCAUCAUAUUCUCUUUAUGAAGACUUAAAUGGACCAACAGCCCAAAUGAAAGGUUUUGCAGAUGAAAUGGGGCGAAAUUCGCAUACCAUUGCUAACCAUAUUGAACCUAUUUCUUCAAAGAUGGUAGAGGAAAAUCUUAAUGGCUUUACUAGUGGUUUGUCUAGUGUGCAAAGUGCAGGUGCACAAACAUUUGAAUCCUCAGGUUUCAUGUCUCAUAUCAGAAGUUCCUCCAAUCCUGUACCACUAUAUUCCACUACUCCUGAAACCAAUUCUAGAAGAUCUCGUCCAUCUUUUCUUGAUUCUCUAAUUGGUCCUAGAGUUUCUUCUGGAACUUCUUUCCAAGGAGAUGAACCCAAGGAGUCAUUGAAGUCCAACAGUUUAAAACCAAAUAGCAUGAAUAUUGCGGGAUCAUCCCCUUUUCACAAGCCACCAUUGGAUGGUCAAAGUACGGGUCCUUUUUCAAAGCUUGACUCUUCAAGCCCUCCCCAUGCAAUUCAGCCCUCCGUGAACUCUUCACUUGUCAACGGAAAUAGUAUGGAGAGGAACCAUGAUUUCUAUUUACCUAAGCAGAAUGAAGAUUUCACUGCUUUGGAACAGCACAUCGAGGAUUUGACACAAGAAAAGUUCUCUUUGCAACGAGCACUUGAGGCUUCACGUACUUUAUCGGAGUCCUUGGCUGCAGAAAAUUCAUCUCUUACAGACAUGUAUAACCAACAGAGAGGUGUUGUUGAUCAACUAAAAUCAGAAAUGGAAAAGUUACAGGAGGAAAUCAGGGCCCAACUGGCGGAACUUGAAGCUUUCAGAAAUGAGUAUGCAAACGCAAAGCUAGAGUGUAACGCAGCCGAUGAACGUGCCAAAUUAUUGGCUUCAGAAGUUAUUGGUUUAGAGGAGAAGGCACUUAGACUAAGGUCUAGUGAGCUAAAGCUGGAGAGGCAAUUGGAGAACUCAGAGGCAGAAAUCUCUUCAUGCAAAAAGAAAUUGUCUAGCUCGGAGAAGGAUCGGAUGGAUUUGCAAUCCACUAUUGAAGCACUUCAAGAAGAGAAGAAGCUCUUGCAGUCUAAGCUACGAAAAGCAGCCGCAAGUGGAAAGGCAAUCGAUGUUGAAAAAAGUGCCACAGAUAAGAAAGAUGUCUCUACUUCUACAGAAGAUUUAGCAAAUGAAGAUACUGUUCCUGACACGUCAAGCCGGGAGACUAGUGGAGAUGAUGCCUCCAGUUUUCCUAUGCUGCUUUCAAGUGGACAUUCAAAUCUUGAAUUUUCUUUGGACAAUAUCCCUCCUGAUCAAAUGAGAAUGAUUCAGAACAUCAAUGCACUAAUUGCAGAGUUAGCUUUGGAAAAAGAAGAGUUGAUACAGACUUUGGCAUCUGAGUCAUCCCAAUGUUCCAAGUUGAAGGAGUUGAACAAUGAGUUAUCUCGAAAACUUGAAGUUCAAACUCAGAGAUUAGAGCUUUUGACAGCUCAAAAUAUGGCCAGCAGCGAACAUAUUCCCACAAGACAACCUGAUUCUUUUGAUACGCCUGAUAAUACUCCAUAUGCAGAUGAAGGUGACGAGGUGGUGGAACGAGUGUUGGGAUGGAUUAUGAAGCUAUUUCCUGGAGGACCAUCAAAACGAAGAACCAGUAAACUUCUUUGAUGUAAAAGUCAGUAUAGCUUGUGAAGAAUCCUAUUCUCAGAUCCACAUUUGUUUUUCUUUCACCUCCUCCUCCCCCUUGAUGCAAUCGAGGAUCGAGGUCGUAAAUCGUAAAUCUGUAUAUUCCGAGUUUCAAUUAUAAAUUCCAUUCUUUUAUAAUAGAAAAAGAAAUAUGAACCUUUUUUUUUUGUUUUUUUUUUUUUUUUGAGAUAAUGACAAUAAAGAAAGAAAGUUGCUGUUAAUUUGUUUCAACGGGAGAUUUUAGUGGAUUUAAAAAAAAAAAAAAAAAAAAAACCCAGUAUACGUGGACAAUGAGAGGUUAUUCCACAUCUGUUGUUAUAGAGAGUUCAAUGCUUGUUAUUCCAUUUGUGGUCUUAACAGUGGAUUAAAAACCAAGAAAUGAGAGAUUUUGGCAAUGUUAUUGUAUUUGCAUAAA